CUCGCGAGAUCUGGCAGCCCUGUGGCUUGCAGGAUGCGGAAGCACUAGGGUGGCUUUGCUUAUUUGUGCUCCACGUGGGUGGCCCCCUUCAGAAUCGCCCCGAUGGGUAAAGCGCGCAAGAGGCACAACUGGAAGGCUCGCCUGCCGGGGGAGCGCAGCCAGCGGAGCGGGUCGCCCAAGGAGCCCGUGCAGCUGGAGCUGAGGGAUGAAGCCAUCUCGAAAGGGGUGGAUGAGAGUAAUGCACUGGUCCUUCCAUCACGAAAAACUAAGGAUAAAAAAAUAACUUGCGAAAAGGGCUCAGAAAAGAAGCCUCUGAGCAAGAAGCAGAAGAAAAUUCUGCACAAGGUUUUGGAACAAAAAGCAAAGAAAAAAAAGCGAGCUGAUUUGCUGAGAAAGCUGAGUGAUGUCCAGGCUUCAGAGGCUGAAAUGAAGCUGCUGUACCCCACUUCCAAGAUAGGGACGGGAAAGCGGAUGUACCAGCCAAAACGGGCAGUCCAAGAAGUGACCGCCUCCCGUCCAGAGAAAAUUCGAAGUGUUGGCGGUGCAAACAGAAAAAGAUGCCGACUUGAACUGGAAGCAGAGUCUGAGGAAGAGGCUGAGAGUUCCACAGAGGAAGAAGAGGAGAAAGAGACAGAAGAACAAACUGAAAAGGCAGUCCCAGAGGUCCCGAGCACUAAAGUGCCACUCAAGAUGCCAGCAGAUGCUGUUACGUCUCCACCCAGGAAACCAAAACAACACUUUCUGGCUCCCAAGCCAUCAUCGGAGCCUGCCGUUUUCAUUGCAGUGGACAGAUCCCCUGAGAUUCAGGAAGCCAGGCUGCAGCUCCCGAUCCUUGCAGAAGAACAAGUUGUCAUGGAAGCCAUUAAUGAGAACCCUGUUGUUAUCCUAUGUGGAGAAACUGGCAGUGGUAAAACGACACAAGUGCCUCAGUUUCUCUAUGAAGCAGGAUAUGCUAGCUCUGGCAGCAUCAUUGGAAUCACUGAACCUCGGCGUGUGGCUGCAGUGUCUAUGUCGCAGCGUGUUGCCAAGGAGAUGAACCUGUCAGACCGGGUGAUUUCAUACCAAAUCCGUUAUGAAGGAAAUGUGACGGACGACACCAAAAUCAAAUUCAUGACAGACGGCGUGCUGUUGAAAGAAAUCCAGAAGGAUUUCUUGCUGUCCAAGUACCGGGUUGUCAUUCUUGAUGAAGCCCACGAAAGAAGUGUCUACACAGAUAUCCUGAUUGGCCUUUUAUCUCGUAUUGUGCCCCUUCGGGCCAAGAAAGGGCUUCCACUGAAGCUGAUCAUCAUGUCUGCCACACUGCGUGUGGAAGAUUUCACCACCAACAAGAAACUGUUUGCCAGUCCUCCUACUGUUAUACAGGUGGAUGCAAGGCAAUUUCCUGUGGCAGUUCAUUUUAACAAGAGGACCCCACUGAACGAUUACAAUGGGGAAUGUUUUCGGAAAAUCUGUAAAAUUCACCGGAUGUUGCCCUCAGGGGGCAUCCUGGUGUUCCUCACUGGCCAGGCAGAAGUACACUCACUGUGUAGGAGACUGAGGAAAUCAUUUCCUUUUCACAGAUAUGUGCCCCAAGAUGGUGAAGACAAAGACUCAGUUGAAGAAAUCCGAAGGUUUAAGAAAUCCAAACAGAAAAAGAAUGUGGCACUACCCAAAAUUGAUCUGGACAACUAUUCUGUUAUGCCAGUGGAUGAAGGAGAUGAAGACAGAGAUGCUGGAGCAGACGAGGACGAAGAUGCUGAUGUUGCAGGCUCAGAUCUUGACCUAGAUUGGGGAGACGAUUGUUUGGAAGAAGGUGAAAAGCCAGAUUCUUCCCUCCCACUUUAUGUUCUUCCACUUUACUCCUUGCUGGCACAAGAAAAACAAGCCAAGGUUUUCAUGCCCCCUCCUCCUGGGACAAGGCUUUGUGUCGUGGCAACCAACGUGGCCGAAACAUCUCUGACCAUUCCUGGCAUCAAGUAUGUCAUCGACUGUGGGAAGGUCAAGAAACGUUUCUACGACAAAGUCACCGGAGUCUCAUCUUUCAAAGUUACUUGGACAUCUCAGGCCUCCGCCAACCAGCGGGCCGGCCGAGCAGGCCGCACGGAGCCUGGCCACUGUUACAGGCUUUACUCUUCAGCUGUCUUCAGUGACUUUGAGCAGUUCACUUCUCCUGAGAUUACCAGGCGACCCGUUGAAGAUUUAAUCCUGCAGAUGAAAGCUUUAAACAUUGAAAAGGUGAUCAAUUUUCCUUUUCCUACACCUCCACCAACAGAUGCGCUUGUAGCUGCUGAGGAGCUGCUGAUAGCCCUUGGAGCCUUGCAGGAACCCCCCAAAUCUGGAAAGCUGAAGAAAUUGCAGGAAGCGAAGCUGAGCUGUCCCAUCAGCCCUCUGGGGGCCACAAUGGCAUCCUUUCCUGUGGCACCCCGUUAUGCAAAGAUGCUCGCCUUGAGCAAACAGCACAACUGCCUGCCCUAUGUCAUCACCUUAGUUUCAGCCCUGACAGUUCGGGAGCUCUUUGAAGAGUUUAACAGACCUGCAGUUAGUGAAGAAGAGCAGGAGAUACUUAAGGGGAAAAGGAUGCGUGUGAUGCAGAUGCAACGGAUCUGGGCUGGAGAAGGACCCUGUCAGAAACUAGGAGACCUCAUGGUGAUGCUAGGAGCUGUGGGUGCCUGCGAGUAUGCUGGGUGCACACCUAGAUUCUGCGAGGCAAAUGGCCUACGCUACAAAGCCAUGGUUGAAAUCAGGCGCUUGCGUGGACAGCUAACAACUGCAGUGAAUUCAAUCUGCUCAGAUGUCAGCCUCUUCAUUGAUCCCAAAAUGAAGCCCCCAACGGAAACACAGGUGAUUUUCUUGAGGCAGAUCGUCCUGGCAGGGCUAGGAGACCACGUUGCCCGGAAGAUCCAAGCUGAGGAGCUCCUAGAUGAGAAGUGGAAAAAUGGUUACAAGACUCCUCUUCUGGAUGAUCCAGUCUUCAUCCACCCCGGUUCCAUCCUUUUCAAGCAACUCCCUGAGUUUGUGGUGUAUCAGGAGAUUGUUGAAACGACAAAAAUGUACAUGAAAGGUGUCUCAGCAAUUGAACCGGAAUGGAUCCCACUCCUUUUGCCGCCAUACUGCCACUUCGAAAAACCCCUGGAAAACCCUCCUCCUUCGUACUGCCCUGAAACAGGCAGCAUUCGAUGCCACAGGCCAAGUGUCUUCUAUCGAGUAGGCUGGCAGCUUCCUCCUGUGGAGGUGGAUUAUCCAGAAGGCAUUGAGCGCUACAAAUAUUUUGCCACGUUCUUACUGGAGGGGAAGAUCGUUAAAAAAUUGGCCACUUACAGCCGCUGCUUGCUGUCCAGUCCGGUAACAAUGCUGAAAACAUGGUCCAAGCUCCAGCCCAGGACAGAAUCAUUGUUGCAAGCUCUUGUCUCUGAAAAUGCCGAUAACCGGGAUGCUUUACUUGCUGCCUGGAAGAAGAACCCAAAAUAUUUGUUGUCAGAAUAUUGCCAGUGGAUCCCAGAAGUUACAUACCAAGAAGUAUCUAAAAUAUGGCCGCCUGUGACUCCAUAAAUGUUCACUCAAGUUCUUCUUGUCCACCCAUCCUGGAACUAGCACUGGCUGUGACAACACACGAGGAAAACCACUGUCUGUAUUUGGAAGGAAAAGAGGGAUCUUGUCCAAGGAGCAGCAGCGGGCAGCGUUCAUUUGCCCCUAAGGAGCACCUUGCCCUUGACCUGGGCAAGCCUGCUGUUUUUCAGAUUCAAGGCAUGGAGCAGACCCCCACACACAGGAGAAUAGAGGUGUUCACCCUCCAUUGGAUUGACUGGGGGAGAGGGGCGAAGUGCUGUGUGUUUGUCUAUAGAAGGGUUUGCCAACCUCUUUUGACCCACGGGCACAUUUGGAUUUUUGAGCAAGCACUGUGUGUACCACCACUUCUGGUCACUUCUCCCUCCUUCAGAUCAGGUCCCUUGGGCACACAUUUCACUUUUUUCAAGGGAUCUGGUAAAUGUUGGGUGCAGCUGAAUUAAUCUGAGCCUUGAAAAGCACAUAGAGGAGGAAGAGCAUGGAAACUGGCAGUGCUCAGACCAAAGAGCUUUGUACAUGUUCAAAUACACUCUUCAGCUAGGUGGAACAUAUCCCAAAUAAAAGUUGGAUACAGGAAGUUCUGAAAGGCCAGUUUCUGGUUCAUCUGCAGGCCUUAGUUGAAGUCAGACACCAAAAUGAAUGUGUUCUACUUCUCUGUAGAGAAGAUUACCUGCACUGUAUCUGAGUUCAGAUAAUAUGGCAAGUUGCUGUUAAUUUAAAAAAUUGAAAGCCAAACUCCUCCUUGUGGUCACAGGAUGCGAACCCAGGGAGAAGCUAGGCUCAUUCUCUUAACCCUAAACUGUGGUUUAGCGCUGUCCAAAGCAGCCCACUGCCAGCUUAUCUUUUGUCAAGUAAUGUUUUAAUUGUCUUCCUUCCACUGUUCUUUCUGCCCAGAGAUUUGGAGGAGGGACUCUAAUUUGGUAUAUAACAAGUAUGGUGUGCCCUUAAAUUCACAGCUCUCUGUAUUACUCCGCUUCUGGAAGUCCUAUUAAUUUAUUAAAGCAAAAUUGGUGUAUUUUUUGCCAUCCUUAAUGCACAUUGCCACCAAUCCUGAUACUUCUUCUUGAUAUUUAUUUGAUCAUCUGUGCUGUGAUUUAUAUGCCUUUUUCUUUUCUUUUUUGCCCACUAAAAUAUGUACCUAUUUCCAUUUUUAAUGAAAAGUAAAAUGAUAGAAACAUUGCAAAUAAUGCCAUUUUUAAUGAGAAAUGUGUACAGAUUCUAGAACACCCACCAGUGCCUGUGUCAAUCCGCCUUUGUAGUGUACCUUCAGUAGGGGGAGAUCCUGCUUUGGGUUGACAUUACAUGCUGCUCCCGAUAUGCAUGUCAAUAGAACGCCCACCUGAACAGUUCCAGAACAGUGAGGUUUUCUUACCCAAUUAUCACCUCUCUCAACAGGAGACAGUGGCACUCCAGAUGUUGUUGGACCCCAGGACCCAUCAACCCUAGCCAAGGUAGCCAGUGGUCAGGGAUGAUGGCAGUUGGCUCUCCAUAUGUUGAUGUGCUACAGCUCCUAUCCUCCUUGACCACUGUCCAUCUUGGCUGGGGCUGAUGGGAGUCCAACAACAUGUGGUUCCUCACCCCUGGCAUAGGCUAAUGCAUAUUCCGUGUAGAAAGGAUAUUUUCAAGUAUAAGAAAGCUGACUUAGCUUAGCAGUUUCUGCACAAGGCAAACACAUUUUGACAGGAGCACACACCCACACCAAUUAUUGUGCUUCAUGUCUACUUCAUCAACGGUGGCUCCUUUGUAUACAUGUAUAUGAAAACUCUUAUGUUUGUAAAUUGUUUUUAUAUUGCAUUGAUGCAAUUUUCUGAAAUAAAUUGAGUUCAUUAUUUGUUUUUCAA